CGGCUGCCGGCCGGGCUUCGCAUUAAUUGAGCGCUGCUGCGAACGCCCAAGGGCAGCACGGAACUGAUUCGUCAGCCAUCGAUGGUGGCCGCAUAGAUACAGCAUCGAUGCGGAUGCAGCCGGGGCAGCCCAUGCAUCUGAUGCUGUGGCUGGCAACAGCAGCCCAGGCGCUCACCGGCCGGCCCGCCGACACGACGCAGGAGCUCAGGCCCUACUUCCCGCGUCCGCCGACGACGGACUGCUACGCGGCCGAGGGCCACGCCCGCAUUUUCGCGGACGGGAGCGGCGCGUCACUAUCUUCGUUCACGGCCUUCGCCUCCAUCAAAGCGAGCGGCUGCCGGAAGGCCGUCCCUGGGGCUUACGGCUACAAUAGUACGGCCCCCUGGUACGCGCGCGGCUGUUCUUUAUUAAACGCCGUCGCCGCGACCGCCCCGGGGCCGGCCUGGUCGACGGGCGCGAUGAAGGAACGACGAAAGUUCGUGAGCGAAGCGCGGUUCGCGCAGUUGCGGGCCGCGGCUUCGGUCAGGCCCAUCACGCCCGAGAUGCGCGACGCUGAGCGCAAGCUUUCCGCGGCGCGAAGAGCAGGGGCGAGGGCCGACUGGGGCAUAUCCCUCGCUGAAGAUGGCUCGGUCCACUUCGGCGCCGGUUUGAGGGUCUAUGGAAGUGAGAAGCGGGGCGUGCCCCAGAACACGGUGCGAGCCGUGGGGGAAGCGACGGCGUCUGGUCGUUCAAAGCUAUUUGAUGAGAAAUGGCACGACAUUGCCGCUAUCCGACGGGUUUUAUCGGAUACAACAUCCACACUAGAAGUGUGGGUCGAUGGUCGACGGGAGGCCCUUGUACAAGGUGUGGAAGGAGACGGUUUCGACGGUGGCGCGGGCGCUUUGGCCUUGCACGACGCUCCUGCCAGGGUACCUAUUGGUCAAUUACUAACAGGAUGUGUUCGCGGCGCUUCUAUCAUCGGCAAGGCCUUUGAUGAACAAACUCUGAGGAAGGCCUUCGGCGCCGACCGGUGUGGAAAUCAACCGCCACGCCGUCGAGCAGGCGUCGCGUCCGAGCGGCGAGAGACCCGCACCGCCACGCCAUCGACGUGACAAUUCCUACGCAGGCGCCGACGACUUUGCUCUAUACUUGAGGAACGCCGCCGGCGCCCGGAGAGUACAGCGCGAGUACCCCGUCUACUACUCGGCCCAUAGCGACCCUGGUUCAAGGGAGAUGGCCGACCUGUUUCUUGGUAGUUUACUGACCAAUUCGAAACGAGUCGUCCCGCGCGAAAGCACGCUAGAUGGGCCCCAAAAAACGAUGGCCCAGCGCUUCGGGUCGAAGAUCGCCCUCAUCAAGGAGGCCAUGGACUCCCAACCUGAUAAUACAUAUGCUAUUAUAACGGAGAUUGAUGUGCGGUUCUUUGGCAACGCAUCAGCACAAAUUGCAGAUUUGGUCGAUGAUGCGCUGGAGCGGUGUGGACCGAACUGUGACGCGGUCUUCCAGCGGGAAGAUGAUCAUAGUUUGCACCGCAACAUGGGGUUUAUUGUGUUACGAGUUUGUGAGUCAGUACGGCACCUCUUCGAAGCUGUUGGUUUGGCAACAGCGGCCGCAAAGGGUAUGAGGGGAGGCGUGUUUAGGGGACCGAACGUGCCGUCGGUGCGAGGCAUCACGCCGGCCACGGACCAACAAAUAGUCAACGUCGCGCUGUGGGAGCCUGAAAGACUACUAUCAUAUGAUGAUGAACUCGUGAAAAGGAGUAGACCCUGCCUGAAAACGGCGCUGAUGCCUUCCCAAGAGGUCGCUACUAGAGGGUAUCUCUUACAAGUCUCAUUGAGGUACAAGAACAAGUUCGGCAUGAGCCUGUACCAUGUUAAUGAUUAUGGGGGCAUUCCCCAUCCCGACAAGGCGCGGUCCGCCAAAAUGUCCGAACUGUUGUUGGUCGAAAGGGGCGUGUUCAAGCAGAAACAGUCGGCGUUGCGGGAACUGGACAAGUUUCGAGGGAGACGGGAGCGGAUGGUGGCCGAGGCGGGGUAUAAAUAAAUUACUAGU